UUCACGUGUGAGGGACGAAGGCGGCAACAUGGUUUCUCAGGGGAUCCAGAUCAUUGGUAUAUCGAUGGCUGUGAUUGGCUGGUUCAUGGUCAUCGUGGUGUGCGCACUGCCCAUGUGGAAGGUCACCGCCUUCAUCGGGGCCAACAUCAUCACGGCUCAGACCAUCUGGCAGGGCAUGUGGAUGAACUGUGUGGUGCAGAGUACGGGCCAGAUGCAGUGCAAGGUCUACGACUCCAUGCUGGCUCUGCCCCAAGACCUGCAGGCCGCUCGGGCCAUGAUCAUCAUCUCCAUCCUGACUGGAGUCGUCGGAGUGAUGCUGUCGAUCGCUGGCGGGAAAUGCACAAACUGCAUCGAGGAUGAGCGGUCCAAGUCGAAGGCCUGCAUCCUGGCCGGAGUUCUGUUCAUCGUCUCGGGGUUGCUCUGCCUCAUCCCGGUCUCCUGGUCUGCCAACACCAUCAUCACCAACUUCUACAACCCGAUAAUUAUAAACGCCCAGAGGUACGAGUUAGGAGCGGCGCUGUAUAUCGGCUGGUCGGCUGCUGCGCUGCUGCUGCUGGGAGGCGGGCUGCUGUGCUGGAACUGCCCGCCCAAACACGAACACCCUCACUACGUCCCCAAGUUCACACCCGUGAAGUCAACCUCCACAUCGAGGGAAUACGUAUAAGAUGAUCCGCACUUCCUGCACGCACUCUUGCAUCAAAACGUAAACGUGUCUGACCUGGAAAUGUAAAACGUGAAAUCGCAAGCUGAAUCCUGAGAUCCGAUUGGUGGUUAGUGAAUGUCAGUGACCUUUCUCACAACGGACAUUUUGUCCUGUCCGGCAGGUUUGACUGGAAGCAUAAACACUGGCUUCAUUCCAUUUAGUUGUGCUGACGCGGCCCUCAGAUUGAUCAGGUUGGCUCACAGUCACAUCUAUGGACUAAAGCCUUCUCAGUCUAAAUUUUAAUUUAACUUAAUGUUUUAAAUCCAAGUUGUAUUGUAGCUAUCUGAUGAAUAACUAGGAUUAGUAUUGUUACUACAAUCAGGCUUAUCUAUGUAAAUAUUUAUUUUUUGGCUUCCUUCAUGUAUAACUUCUGCUUAAUCACAUUUUUUAAUUACAUCAACAAAAAGGGAUGUUGGUAAUGGUUACACCUUCAGUAAAGUCUGUGCAUUUUAAUCUACUCACACAUCCUGCAGAUACCACAUGUAUAUUUCUGUGUUUCUGAAUCUUGUGAUGUUGCUGUAAAUAAACAAUAUACUCACCGGAUGAUGACUGUUUACUUGUGCAUGAAAAAAAAACAAAAAAAAAGCAUCAGUAUUUAAUAGCAUUAUGGAGAUUAAAGAGGAGGGAAGAGGUGUUAAAUUAAGAGACGAUUCUGCAGCACUGCAGUUCACGUGAUGUGACUGUGUUCAUAACAUGCCCACAAAAAAAAAAGAGAGACCAGAUUGACAUAAACCAUAAACGAGACCUGCACAUCUGUCACACCUUUAGUCCAGCAGAGAUCUUCAUCAACACCCUGGUCAGCAUUAUUAGAAUAUCAUACAUGAGAGUUUCUUUAUCUUUGAUUGUCUGCAGCCAAAUUCAUCACUGAGGAGAUGCUCAGCAGAGACAUUAGCCCACACAUAAUAUACUCAGACUCAGUUUAAAGAAAAGCUGCCAUUGUUUUAAAAUCUGUUGGGCUUCAAAAUGAAAUGGAAAUGGAAAUAGCUGCCAGUGCAGUAUCACUGGGAUAGGUGUGUGAAAAUGGAGUGUCUGUUUGUUUACCCAACAGCGGUAUCUGUGUUUGUCUUUUCAAAUGCAAAGUGACAGCGUCACUGGA